GUCACAGUCUUCUACGCUUCGAGGCGGCUCUGUAGGCGGCCAUCUUUAUUUCCUUUAACUCUAUCAGAAUCCGUUUCCAUCGAGCCUUUAUCGUGAGUUUGCAACCUAAAUUUUACUAAAUUUUCACUUGAACUAUACUCAGGAUGUGGAAGAUACGGGAAAUAAGUGAUAAAGUGACUAACGUAGUAAUGAACUACUCUGAGGUGGAAGCCAAAGUCCGGGAAGCUACAAACGAUGAUACAUGGGGACCUCAUGGAUCUUUGAUGCAAGAAAUCGCUAAAUAUACUUUCACAUACGAACACUUUCCUGAAGUAAUGUCAAUGCUUUGGAAACGGAUGUUGCAGGAACCGAAAAAAUAUUGGCGCCGAAUUUACAAGUCUCUCCUUUUGCUGGGAUAUUUGCUCAAGAAUGGAUCAGAUAGAGUUGUCACUAAUGCCAGAGACCAUAUCUACGACAUGAGACAACUGGAAAACUUCCAUCAUACUGACGAAAAUGGCAAAGAUCAAGGCAUCAACGUGCGGCAUAAGGUGAAGGAAUUAAUUGAGCUUGUCCAAGACGACGAUAGAAUAAGAAGCGAACGGAAGAGAGCCAAGAAAAAUCGUGACAAAUAUACUGGGGUUUCUUCAGAAAAUUAUCGUGACAGCCAUUAUAGUUCUGGGAUGUCAAGGGAGAACCACUGGAAAAAAAGUGACCGAUAUGAUUCAGCCCCCUCUGGUCAAGACCAAUUUGAUGAAUUUAAUAGCAAAACCACUAAGAAGAGCAAGUACAGAGAGUGGAGGGAAAGGGCUGGAUCAUUUGGGCAUGACUACAAAGACAGUGAAUCAGAGGCAGAAGAGGCAUCAGAAGAAAAAGACAAGGAGGCAGAGUCAGAAGAUGGAUUAGACUCCACAAACAAGAAAGGACUAUUUAAGUCAACACCGACUAGGACUUUAGACUUGGGGGCUGCGGCACACUAUCGUGGUGUCGCCACUGAAACCCCUGCAACUGUCAACGGAACAAGCUCAGCAACCUCCAUAGCACCCACCUCCGGGGCCACUACUGAAUCAUCUGACCUUGUGGACUUGCUGUUUGGAGGAUCUUCAUCAAACACUGCUGCAAAAGCAGCAGCACCAGCUAAUCAAGCUGAUGACCCAUUUGCAGACUUCCAGUCAGCCUCACCUGUCAAAAGCGAAGGAUUUGCAGAUUUCACCCAAGCAACUGCUGCCUCGACUAGUGAAGACUUUGGAGACUUUGCUGACUUCAAGUCCUCAUCAGCAACUCAAUCCAACAACAUCUCUGAUGAUUCCUUUUUCGCAGGGAUGAAUUCAGCUUCUCAUCUAUCUCAGACUGGGACCAAUGCAAGUUUGAUUACAAGUAAUGAGCCUUUAGCAUCCAUGAUGACAGCAGCCCCUACAAAUUUAAUGGGUAGUGGGAUGACCAUGCCAACCUCUAGUAUCCAGCAACCAGCUGCUGGCCUUGGAAUAGGAAUGCAGCCUAUGGCCGGCAUGGGAAUGUCAUCAAUGUCCUCCCCUAUGGUUGCAAUGCCUACAUCAUCAGCUGGGAUGGGGAUGUCAACUGGUGUCAUGGGUGCAUCAAGUGUUGGCAUGAUGCCACAAGGAGGCAUGAUGUCCGCACCUGGGAUGCAGCCACAGCUAGGGAUGCCUGUGCAAUCAGGGAUGAUGCAACCAAACAUGCCAAAUUACCAGUUAGCACAGCAGCACAAGGUGACAACCCCUAAUAAUAUGAAACAAAGAAAUGACAUCGUGUCUUCCAAAUCAACCACAUGGUCAAAUAGCCCUGUUAACAUCAACCUGGAUGACCUAGUUCCGACACUGAACCGUGAGAAACCCCAGCAACCAAGCAUGAAUCAGUUACAAUCACAGCAACCUGGAAGCAUCAUGAUGGCAUCACCUUAUAACAAUCAGCACCAAAUGCCUGCAUAUGGACUAGUCCCUGGAAUGCAACAAAUGAACAUACAACCCAACAUGGGUCAAAUGAACAUGCAACCCAACAUGGGUCAAAUGAACAUGCAGCCUAACAUGGGUCAAAUGAACAUGCAGCCCAACAUCGGUCAAAUGAACAUGCAGCCCAACAUGGGUCAAAUGAACUUUUUGGGGCGUCCCUUGAUGGGAAGCUCGAUGGGUGUGUCAGGGGGUGUGAUGGCACAACAGCCUAUGGGAGCUUCUCAGGGAUUUGGUAGCAAUUCUUAUACAAGCUAUAAAGGAGUUAGCUAAGGAUGAUUUUAGAUAUUUUUUUAAAUGGACAUGUAUUUUGCAAAUAUAUUAUUUGAAUGGAAUUAGGUGGUUUGUCUAGUCGCAGAUGUAGAUAAAAAAUAAGCAUACUCAACUGAAGCCUUUUUUCAAGCACAUAUCCUUCCCUCACACCCAGAGUAUGUGUUGUGCUGAUCAUUCAUGUAAGAUAACCAGAGUUAUUUUAUUUUAUAUAAUUAUGGAUGACUCAAAUAGAUCUAAAACGAAAACGCUUUUAUGGUGAGACCCUAAUUAAACUUGGGGCUCCCUUUUUGCUGCCUUAUUGUUGCUGUGCAUAUGCUUCACAUGAUAAUAAUAUAUAAUUACACACAUGCAUGUCAGAAUUUUGAAGUAACUGUGAUCGAAAGCACAUCUUUUGAAAAGUCCAACAUAUAUUUUUGAUCAGCCUUCGAUUUGAGAGGCUAGCAAGUAUUUGUUUAAAUAAACUUUAAAUAUAAGAAUUCAUGAAUGCUUUUGUUCUCUUGAGAAUUAAAUCCAAUAAAAUCCAGAAAAAUGUACUUAUAGCCUUGGUUUUUAUAAUCAAGUUUAGGAAUAGUCAAUGUUGUAAUAGUAUGUAUGACUGGCUUAUUGAUUGGUUAUGCAGUUGAGAGCAGACGAAGCAUGGAUUGCUGAUGUAAAUUGCAAAUAGAAGAUUAGAACAAUGAAUGAGCUUGAAUACAAAAUGUGGGGCAUUGGAACCAAUCCUUUAUUCGUAUAAAGAGUGUAAAGCAUAAUUAAACGUUACUGUUUUGUUCAUUCUUCAAUAAUAAUCUAACUGAUUUACUUGUGCAAUAGAAUUUGAAACCUUAAUCUUAAAUAUUCUUAUUUUUGUCUGUUGUACAUAAUAAUGCAUCAGUUUCUGAAAGCCUUUUAUUAUUAUUCUUGGGAACCGUAGGCAUUGUAAAAUACAAUUUUAGAAUAAUGAAGAAUCUGUAAGUGAAGUAUGUUCAGUUGCUUUACAAAGUAAAGAAAAUAUUUGUUUUAAACAAAAAAAUAAAAGUUCUGAUAUCA